GCGGUCCAAUAAGAGAGCGGGGGAGCCGGAUGCCAUCACAGCCCCUGCCUCCUGUGCCUGCCGUGGGAUCUGCCUGCUCCUCCCUGCACAGCGGAGAAACUUUCCUGCAGCAAUCAAUGAGUGGGGACCCAUAGAGUAUGAGCGCAUCUUCUUCCCCCCACUCCUGCGGCGCAACUGUGCGCAACUGAGGGCGCCGCUCACCUGGGCUCCUCUGUCAAUGACUUCUUCAUUUUGCUCUUUUUAAUUUAUUGCCCAUUAUUCUCUAUACGCGACAAUGGGAUUACCUCCUUUGGAAUUUAGUGACUGCUACUUGGACAGCCCCCAGUUCAGGGAGAGGCUGAAAUCCCACGAAAUUGAACUGGACAAGACCAACAAGUUCAUUAAAGAGCUGAUCAAGGAUGGCAAAUCGCUGGUAGCUGCUCAUAAAAAUCUGUCAUGUGCAAAGAGAAAAUUUGCUGGGUCACUGAAUGAAUUUAAGUUUCGGUGCAUUGGAGAUGCUGAGACAGAUGAUGAAAUCUGCAUUGCGAGGUCCCUGCAGGAAUUUGCUGCUGUACUGGGGAAUCUUGAAGAUGAGAGGAUACGGAUGAUUGACAACUCUGGAGAAGUUCUGAUAUCUCCUCUCGAGAAGUUCCGUAAAGAACAAGUUGGUGCUGCUAAGGAAGUGAAGAAGAAGUAUGACAAGGAAAGUGAAAAGUACUGCGCUAUGCUGGAGAAACACAUGAAUUUGUCAUCCAAAAAGAAAGAAGUGCUUUUGCAUGAGGCCGAUGUCCAGCUGGACCAGAUGAGACAGCAUUUUUAUGAGGUAUCCCUGGAAUACGUCUUAAAAGUUCAUGAGGUCCAGGAGAGGAAAAUGUUUGAGUUUGUUGAACCACUGCUUGCCUUCUUGCAAGGCCUCUUCACCUUCUAUCACCAUGGCUAUGAACUGGCCAAAGACUUCAGUGACUUUAAAACGCAGCUUUCCAUCAGCAUUCAGAAUACACGGGACCGUUUUGAAGGCACACGCUCUGAGGUGGAGUCAUUGAUGAAGAAGAUGAAGGAGAACCCCCAUGAGCACUUAGCACUCAGCCCAUACACUAUGGAAGGAUACCUCUAUGUUCAGGAGAAAAGGCAUUUUGGGACGUCUUGGGUCAAACAUUACUGCACUUACCAGCGGGAAACCAAACAAAUGACCAUGGUACCAUUUGACCAGAAGUCUGGAGGAAAAGUGGGAGAGGAAGAAAUCAUUCACUUGAAAUCCUGCAUUAGGCGAAAAACAGAAUCGAUUGAGAAGAGGUUUUGCUUCGAUGUAGAAGGUGUUGAUCGGCCUACAGUUCUAACCAUGCAGGCCCUGUCAGAAGAGGAUAGAAAGCUAUGGAUGGAAGCAAUGGAUGGACGGGAGCCAGUUUAUAAUUCAAACAAGGACAGUCAAAGUGAAGGAACUGCCCAGCUGGACAACAUUGGAUUCAGCAUUAUUCGGAAGUGUAUCCAGGCUGUGGAAACAAGAGGGAUCAAUGAGCAAGGGCUCUACCGCAUUGUUGGGGUUAACUCCAGGGUUCAGAAGCUGCUAAAUUUUUUAAUGGAUCCUAAAAUCUCUCCUGAAACAGAAACUGAAAUUCCGUCGGAAUGGGAGAUAAAGACAAUCACAAGCUCGCUUAAGACAUACUUGAGGAUGCUUCCAGGACCCCUCAUGACAUACCAGUUUCAAAGAAGCUUUAUCAAAGCAGCUAAACUAGAGAACCAGGAGUCACGAAUCAAGGAAAUCCACUGCCUGAUACACCGCCUACCAGAGAAAAACCGGCAGAUGCUGAACUUGCUCAUGACGCACUUGGCAAACGUUGCUGCUCAUCACAAGCAAAACUUGAUGACUGUGGCCAACCUCGGAAUUGUUUUUGGGCCCACACUAUUACGCCCCCAGGAGGAGACAGUGGCAGCCAUCAUGGAUAUUAAGUUCCAGAACAUUGUGGUUGAAAUUAUAAUUGAAAACUAUGAAAAGAUGUUUUCCACAGUUCCGGAGAUGCCACAGACAAACUCCCAGCUGCAUUUGUCUCGUAAAAGGAGCAGCGACUCAAAGCCGCCUUCCUGCAGUGAAAGGCCCUUAACGCUUUUCCACACAACCCAUUCCACAGAGAAAGAAGAGAAGAGGAACAGUGUGAAUUCUAGUGCAGAAUCUGUCAGUUCAUCCAAUGCUAAUAGCUCAGCAAACUCCACCUGUACACAAUGUUCUAAUAUGAAUAAUCUCAACGCCAGUGAUCCGGACUUGGAUGUGGCCAAAGCCAGCAGGCCCAAUUCUCUAUUGAACCCGAAAAAUAUAUCUGGUCUUUUGCCGAGUUCAUUGAAUCCAAGCCCAACAUCACCCCCUACGUGCCCAAUGUUCUCUGCUCCAUCCAGUCCAAUGCCGACAUCUUCAACUUCCAGCGACUCCUCCCCAGUAAGCGUUCCAAGGAAAGCCAAGGCCCUGUAUGCGUGCAAAGCAGAACAUGACUCAGAACUUUCUUUUUCUGCCGGCACCGUGUUCGACAAUGUUUAUCCAUCACAAGAGCCAGGCUGGUUAGAAGGGAUACUCAACGGGAAGACUGGACUCAUUCCAGAAAACUAUGUGGAAUUCCUAUAGCUUUACCCACCCCCCUCAAACCCGACCCACACUGCUAAGCUUUACAUGGUAUCCAUGGCAACUGCUGGAAGUGUUGACGUUGAUAACUUUGCCUCUGUUAUGCCAGGGUAAAAGACUUCUCAGCACCCAUUGCAGUCAAUAUAUAGAUAUAUAUGUUAACUGCUUUGGUGCCAGGGAGGUGCACAAGGCAAUUUUGUGCAAAGAUUUGUAGAGCUCUGGCACCGGCACCGAUCAGCUAGUAGUUAUGUACAUGUUUCAGAUGAUUUUUGGUGGCUUUAAAAUUUAAACAGAGAUGUGUUGAUUAUUUGAUUAUUUUUUUAAAGGGACCAUAUUUUUUUUUGUCUUCGGUGUUUCCUGUGUUAAAACCACUAAAUUGAGUUUUGUUAUCUUUUUAGCUUUACAGAUUGGGGUUAAAGAGAAUUGCAUUGCAGGCUGCUCAGACCAUGGUGUUUGGAGGCAAUGGCCUCGCCCUAGCAUGCUUGAUUUCCGUCUGGCUUUCCCAAGUAUUAAAUCAUAUACAGUCUGAGUGCAGAUUUUAAUGAAGCCAUACUUCAGCUACCAAACAAUAGGGUUUUAACAUUUUCCCGUUUAUUGUCCGUGGCAACAUUUUAAUACCAUUACCGGAUCUCGAACAUAUCAGUUGUUAUUAUUUUAUUCUCCUUUUAAUGUUUUUAUAGAAAUUAAUGUUGCCCCCGGCCUUUUUUUCUCUGAAUCUCUCGCUGAUGAAUUCAUGUCUGAUGAACAGACACCUUGGUUUGCCUAUGUGGGUGUAAGGUACAUUUAAAUGGGGAUAGCCAGGAAGCCCGUGAUCUCUUCAUUGUUCUCUUUCCUUUUUAAAUUUAUAUUGUACUUGAACAUUUUUGGGGGUGAGAAAUGAAAAUGUGUUUUUAAAUGCACUAGGCGUAGUUAUUAAGCAGUCUGGGGUGUUCUUACCUAUUUACCUUGGGUCCUUUACCCCCUGCCAUUUGUACAUGCAUUGCCAUUUGGUGGAUUUAUGUGAGUUCCGCUGCAUGGUAACACAGGCAUUCAGAGAUCUUCCCUAUGGCUCUGUAAUCAUGGGAACCUAGAAAGUUAGAUAUACCCAGUUUCUCUCACAUUGUUAGUGAAAAUGCUUCAUGUCCUACUGACUAGUAGACUAAUAAUUAAAACAGGACCUGGUGUAUAUAUGGUGUAUAGGCCCAAUAAAUAGUGACUUUCUAUGGCAUCUGAUAAGUGCUGCUCCAACUCCUAUUCUCUCAUUUUUUCAUCAGACCUAAGAAGCUUUAGACAUGUUUUUGUUUUUAUUUUAUUCUGUCUCAUUUCUAUUAUUAUCUUCUCCUUCGCUGCUACUAUACUACUAUUAUACACCACAGGGCUGCUUUGAGUUAAUCCUACCAUGACCAAACACACCCAUGGGAACAAGUAUAAAAUUAUAUAUAUGCACAUAUCCAUGGGAAAGUUUUUGAUGAACCAACUAGUUUUGUCUGUUUUUGGCAUUUAUGUGCACUCCCAUGUGUACAGACCCAACGAGAGACUCCAAUCGGAUAACUUUUGCCUUGCUCAGCAGUGGAAUACACCCUUAGGCGCUGGAUGAUCAGCCAGUGAUUCCACCACAGAUGGGGUAGAAGGGACCAGCUAUCCCUCCUGAAGUUCUGCAGUCUGUAACUGGGAAGUAUGAGCAUUAAUAUCUGCACUCGGAGUCCUAGCAUUCUAUCUGCUGCACGUGAAUGUGGGAAUGGUUUUUAAUGUCUACUCUUAAUGCUUUUAUUUUAUUCCCUCUCUUGUGAUCAGUACUUGAGUUAAUAAAUUGUUGUAUAUUUUG